GAUACCGAUAUCGCGUUUGUGAUUGGGACGCCACGGACGUGGCGCUUAGUUUUUUAAUCCAUUUUAUUCACUAUUUUUAAAUUUACGUGUCAAAUAGUUUUAGCUGCAUAAUAUAUCAAUAACAGAACGAUAACAGUGUUAGUAGUGAAUUAAUUUGAUGUGAAAAAAUAAAAUGAAGCGUUCCGGUACUUAUAAAUUUGGUCAAGACCACAGACCGAAGCAAAACAAUACAGAUCUCUCAAACGUGCAGUUUACAGAUGGAAAAGCAGAUUCGGAAAAGGAUGCACCUGAAAGCGAAGCAAAAGAAGACGUCCCUAGCAUAUCGUUUUUCACAUUAUAUCGAUUCGCGACCACAAAAGACAAAAUCUUCAUAUUUCUGGCGAUAAUAUGUUCAAUGCUGGCCGGAACCACGACGCCCUUCAACACAUUGCUAUUCUCCUCCUUACUCCAAAGCAUGGUAGACUACGGUAUCUCAGUAAUGAUGGGUGCCCCUGAUGACGACGCUUUCCUCAAAGCGAUACUCGACUUUGCUAUAUACAACUGUUCCUUGGGCGUGGCACUUGUGAUCCUAUCCUAUCUUGCUACAGUUCUAAUGAACAUAGCCGCUUAUAAUCAGGUCUUCAAAAUACGACAGGAAUACUUGAAAGCAGCAUUAAAUCAAGAUUUUGAAUAUUUCGAUACUCAUCAAACCGGAGAUUUUGCUUCUAAAAUGUCCGACGAUGUGGUAAAAGUGGAAGACGGUAUGGGGGAGAAAUUGGGCACAUUUAUAUUCUUUCAAUCGGCUUUCAUCAGUUGUAUAACUAUGGCUUUAAUAAAGGGUUGGAAACUGGCACUCCUGUGUUUGAUAUCCUUUCCAGUGACGCUGUUUCUCGUUGGACUUGCCGGAUUGAUAUCUUCUAAUCUAUCCAAGAAGGAAGCUAAAGCAUCAGGUAAAGCAGGAUCUAUAGCCGAAGAAGUGAUCAGUGCAGUCCGCACGGUUUACGCGUUUAGCGGACAGCAAAAAGAAAUAGAAAGAUAUCAAGGGCACUUGCAAAAUGUAAGAAGCAUAAAUAUUAAGAAAGGGUUAUUCAACGGCAUGGCAAUGGGAACGCUGUUCUUCUGCAUUUUCUGCGCAUAUGCUCUAUCGUUCUGGUUCGGUUAUAAACUUCUUUCGGACCCUGAGGAGAACUACGACGUGGAAACUAUGAUUGCUGUAUUUUUCGGAGUAAUGAUGGGAUCUGCCAACUUCGGUAUAUCGUCGACACUGAUGGAAGUAUUCGGGAUAGCAAAGGGUGCCGGCGCGCAGAUCUUCUUUGUGAUCGACAAUGUGCCUUCGAUCAACCCACUGCUGGACCGCGGUGUCACCCCCAGUUCCAUUGACGGCAACAUCGAGUUGAAGAACGUUUUCUUCCACUAUCCUUCAAGAUCUGAUGUCCCAGUGCUGAAGGGGGUAGACCUCAGAGUAAAGCGAGGUCAGUCAGUGGCGCUCGUCGGGCACUCAGGCUGUGGCAAAUCUACCAUCAUCCAGCUCUUAUCCAGAUACUAUGACGUCAUUGACGGGAGCGUGCGUGUGGACGGACAUGACGUACGAGAGUUGUCAGUGCGGUGGCUACGUGCGCAGAUUGGAUUAGUGGGACAAGAACCUGUGCUGUUCAACACGACCGUCCGCGAGAACAUCCGCUACGGCCGAGAGGACGCCUCCGACGCCGACAUAGAGGCUGCCGCAAAGCAGGCCAACGCGCACCAGUUUAUUUUGAAGCUUCCCAAGGGCUACGACACGCUGGUCGGAGAACGCGGUGCUUCAAUGUCAGGUGGACAAAAGCAGCGUAUUGCCAUCGCCCGCGCUUUGGUGCGCAACCCUAGCAUCCUGCUGUUGGAUGAGGCCACCAGCGCUCUUGACACUUCGUCAGAAGCGAAAGUACAAAAGGCACUCGAUAAGGCCCAGGAAGGACGUACUACAAUUGUCGUAGCACACAGAUUGUCAACAAUAAGGAACGCUGAUGUAAUAUACGUGUUCAAAAGCGGUGUGGUCGUAGAGACAGGAAAUCAUGAUGAGCUAAUGAAAAGCAAAGGACACUAUUACGACAUGGUUAUGCUGCAAACAUUCCCAGGCGCUGAUGAAUCAGGUGAUAAGCGGGCAUCAUUAACUCGAGAGAUUUCCGUCAGAAGUGAAAAAGAUGAAGACGAUUUUAUUCCAAUGAAUACUGAGAUUUCUGACGCUAAAGAUAACGCCAAUGACGUUUCAUUCAUGCAAGUACUCAAGCUAAACAAGCCAGAAUGGAAAUCCAUCACUGCUGCCAGUCUUUGUUCUCUGAUAAGCGGAUUUGCGAUGCCAAUGCUUGCUGUUAUUUUAGGAGAUUUCAUUGGCAUUUUAUCCCAUCCAGAUCCAGAUGUAGUUCAGGCAGAAGUCCAAAGAUAUGCACUCAUUUUCGUAGGUAUUGGUGUCUUCUCGGGAAUUGCGAACUUUAUACAAGUAUUCUUGUACGGCGUGGCUGGAGAACACCUGACAGAGCGACUGCGUCGUAUGCUGUUUGGAAAGCUGCUGCAGCAAGAGAUUGCGUUUUACGACGACAAGGACAACUCCACAGGCGCUCUCUGCGCUCGCCUGGCUGGCGAGGCAGCUUCAGUGCAAGGAGCCACGGGCCAAAGAAUUGGCACAGUCCUAUCGGCCAUUGGUACCUUUGGGUUCGCUCUAGUCCUUUCUCUUAUAUAUGAAUGGAGGGUUGGAUUGGUCGCGUUAACUUUCGUGCCAAUUAUGGUCGCAAUAUUAUAUAAGGAAGGAAGAAUGGUCAGUGCACAAUCGUUUGGGGCAGCUAAAACCAUGGAAUCCAGUUCUAAGAUAGCUGUAGAAGCAGUUGCAAACGUUCGAACAGUGGCCUCACUUGGUAGAGAAGAACAAUUCGUUACGGAAUACAGUGUCAAGCUAUUGCCCGGCUUAGCCCUCGCCAAGAAAGCUACACACUAUCGUGGCAUCGUCUUUGGUCUCUCCAGGGGACUUUUUAAUUUCGUUUACGCUGCGGCCAUGUAUUAUGGUGGAACUCUCAUUGUAUAUGACCAAAUUGGCUAUGAUGUUGUUUUGAAAUCGGCACAGGCGUUACUAAUGGGUGCGUCUUCGGCGGCACAAGCGUUUGCAUUUGCUCCCAACUUCCAAAAGGGAAUCAAAGCUGCUGGUCGUAUUAUUGUACUGCUGAACAGAGAAUCCAAAAUCAGGGAUCCAGAUCAACCUGCGGUUAAGGAUUUCAGAGGAACUGGUGAAUCCAGCUUACAAGGAGUAUACUUCAAAUACCCCACACGUCCUAUGAUAAGCGUGCUCAAAGACUUCAACCUUGAAGUAGAAAAGGGCAAGACCGUCGCUCUGGUGGGUGCCAGUGGGUGCGGAAAGAGCACUGUCAUACAACUGCUCGAAAGAUACUACGAUCCUAAUGAAGGCCUAGUGGCUCAAGAUGGCGUGCCUCUAACAAAAAUUCGUCUCCAUGAAGCCAGAAGGACCAUCGGUUUUGUGCAGCAGGAGCCUAUCCUAUUCGACCGCACGAUUGGCGAGAACAUUGCCUACGGAGACAAUGCGCGUAAACCGAGCCGAGACGAAAUCGAAGCCGCUGCUAAACAAGCCAAUAUUCAUAAUUUCAUUACGUCUCUACCGUUGGGUUACGAUACGAAUAUCGGCUCAAAAGGUACUCAAUUGUCUGGAGGACAGAAGCAAAGAGUGGCCAUCGCAAGAGCGUUGAUAAGGAAACCACAAAUGCUACUGCUGGAUGAAGCCACCAGCGCACUUGACACGGAAAGUGAAAAGGUGGUGCAAGAGGCCCUGGACUUGGCGAAGGCCGGGCGCACGUGCGUGAUGAUCGCGCACCGCCUGAGCACGGUGCGGGACGCCGACGUCAUAUGCGUCGUGCACGACGGACGCGUCGCAGAGCGCGGCACGCACCAGGAGCUCAUGGACCUCAGGAAACUGUACUACAACCUCAACCGGCGUGGAUAUUCAUAGGGAAAUCUAAUUGGAGUUCCGUUAGAAUGUUUAUAGUUUGUGUCAUUUAGGGUGGGUGUUCGCUGAUUUUUUAUUGUAUGAGAAGCUUCAUAGUUCACUGCUGAGUGACGUCAGAUGCCGCCGCCAAACGCCAAUUUGGAUGGAGCCUAGAGCAUAUUGUUAUUUAUGGAAAGUAACACUCUGGGCAUCCAGGCAUUGAUGUCUUAUAAAAUACGAUUUUACUAGAAAAAAAUAUAGAGGACUGAGAUUUUGUUUAGUUGUGAAAUUAAAAUAAGUAGGGAAUUUUAGGGAUUAUUUAUUUUCCUCUACGAUAUUUUGGAUGGUAAGAAUUUUCAUGAUUCUUCAGAGUCAUUCCAAAUGCAAGUAGGUAAGUAAUUUAUUUUGGCACAAUUUAAUUCUUUUUCAAAAAAGGUAAUAUACCUAGUCUUUAUUUAUUUAUUUCAAUAUUAAACUAAGUAUUAAAACACUGCAUUUUAUCUACUACCUACUACUAUUACUGCCAUACCAUUAGACCAUUACUACUAUUGUAACUACUUUGACUAUUAUUGAACUAUAGUGUACCUUAGUGCUACUACAAUACGAUGCACAAACUUGUACAAAAAAUAUUACAUUAAAUUUAAAAGUGGAAAAAUUACUGUCUUGGGUGAGACUUGAACUCACGACCCCUGGAUCGAUACUCCAGUGCUCUGCCAUCUGAGCCACCAAGACCCAAAAAAAAAUUAAUAUGGGUAGCACAUCGUAACUGGUGAAUUUCCAAUAUGACUUGGAACUCCGGUAGCCGUCUAAGAAGUGUAACACUCUUACGGUAGAUGUCGCUAAGGGUCCCCUUGACCUAUAAUAUGGUGGAAAGAUUUGCUGGCUAUGGAUGAGGUCUUGGUGGCUCAGAUGGCAGAGCACUGGAGUAUCGAUCCAGGGGUCGUGAGUUCAAGUCUCACCCAAGACAGUAAUUUUUCCACUUUUAAAUUUAUUCUAAGCUUAAUAGCAUCGUUCGCAGACGUUUCUGCUUGUUAAAAAUUAAAAUAUUACAUUGUUAACGAGUAAGGUAUUAUAGGAUGAAUGUACCAGUCCCAUUUUUAAAGACUUUGAAACAGUACCAGUAUCAACCAUUUUUCUCUUAAAAUUAAAUUUACUUACUUAAAGUUGCACUAUAAGUAAUGUGUGAUGAUCUAAGUAAUGUGUAUGAAAUUGUAAAAUUUCAUACAUUUCCUUUUAAGACUUGGUUUUAUUAUUUUGGUUGGUACAAUAAUAAAACUGAGAGACUUUAAGAAUUCUCAAUAUUUCCAAGUAAGUAUGAAUUAGUGUACUACUGGUACACUCAACCUACUUAAUUUAUUAUGUCAGUAAAUAGUUUAGUGAAAAAUCAACAUGAUUUAUUUUGUACUUAUUUGUAAUGCAAAUUUUACAUUUAAAUUAAAACCUUACCAAAUU